AUGUCUGGCAUCAGUUUGAGACCAAUUGAUGGGGGCGAAUCUAUUGCAGUGCCCCCGGAUUCACAGACUGUAAUCGGUCGGGGCAACUUUCUCCAGGUCUUGGAUAAGCGAGUCUCUCGUAACCAUGGAAUGCUGGAAAUUGUGGAUGGAACAUUGUUCCUUACACCAACACAUGCGAAUCCAUGUUUUUACCAGAAAAAAGGCACUAAGGAUAAAUUAGCCUUGCUGAAGGACCAACAGAAGCGUCUAGAAGCGGGUGAUAUGUUUGGCUUGUUGCCAGAUAAGUUUUUUUAUGAAGUCACAUAUGGCACCGUCCAAAAUGGGAAAAUAGAGCAGAAAGAAUUAAAUACAGGUGAUAAAGAAGGGAAGGAUUCAAAGAAGGAUGUAAAUAAAGAGGCUGACAAAGAUACAGCAAAAAAAGAAGGGAAGGCAAAUGAGAAAGAAAUGAAAAAAGAAACACCUGAAGACAAAAAGAAAGAAAGUAAAGCCAAUGAUACAAAAACCUCAGAAAAUGUAAAAGAAGAAACCGGAACUGAUUCUGCUGCAACCAAAGAAAAAUCUGAUAAAACAGUAAAGCAGGAAGAGAAAACUACUGCUACCAAGGAAGAGGAAUCAAGUGGCAAAGAAGCAUCAGAUACCACAACACAAAAAAAACGCAAACUCCCUGAAUGGUUGGUUAAUGCUACUAGCACCCCUACCACUGAGUCAUCCCAAGAACAGAAAGAAAAACCACAGAAAACUCCUUCGCGGAGAGGAGGUGGCCGCGGCCGACCCCCUAAGAGGAACAAGCCCAAAUAUGUGGAAUCGGAUGAUGAUCCUGAAGAAGAAGAGAAACCAGUGAAGAGGAGGAGACGAGCCACACGGGCGGUUGACCCUGACGAGGCCGGCAGCAGUGAAUCUUCUCCACCAGCACGUCGCCCAUCUAGAGCUGCUGCUGCUAAAAGAAACAGUUAUGUGGAUGACUUUGUUAUUGGAGAUGAGUACAGUGAUGAUGACCUCAGAUAUAGACGCAGGACAUACAAGGAAGAUGAUGAUGAUGAUGAGAAUGAUGAAGAUUUUGUAGCUUGGGAUGAUGAAGAUUCUGGAAGCGAUUGGGAAAAGAAUAAAGGUUCAAGUCGAGGCCGGGGUAAAGCUCGAGGUAGCACCAAAAAGAUGUCACUCAAACCUAAAAGUGUUGGCCGCAAGAGGCGGAAGAGAAGGAACUGUGAUGAUGAUUCUGAUGAGGAACUUGACUCUUAUAUCCCAAGGCCAAGCCGAAGGAGAGCAGCUGCACGAGCCCAGAAGGUGGAAGAGGAGGAAGAGGAAGAAGAAGAAGUGACUUCCAAAACAAGCAAUACUGAUAAAAAACAACGUGUCCCAUGCAAGUAUGGAGAAAACUGUUACAGAAAGAAUCCUUCGCACUUAAAGGAGUUCUCCCAUCCUGUUGAUGAUGAUGCAAAAGGGGCUGAGAAAGAUGAUUCCCAAACUGGAGGUGAGAAAGAGGAGGCAAAAGAGAAGAGAGCCCCAGAAAAAGAGAAGCCUGAGUGUCAGUAUGGAGUUGGGUGUUACAGAAAAAACUCACAGCACCGGAAAGAAUACAAACACACAAUACAGCCAGAGCCAGUGAGCAGACCAAAACGAAUGACAACGACACUGAAAGUGACUGGGGUAGAUGAAGAUUUUUCUGACCCGCCUCCCUCUGAUGAGUCUAUGGAUGAAGAUUCUGAAUGGGAACCAGAAGCAGAAUCUGUUGGCUCAAACAAGUUAAAAGCAUCGUCCAAAAAAUGA